AUGAGCAGUGAUGUAGAGAUGGCCCAGUAUGGGCCAGCCGCAAUCUACCUACGCAAACCUGAGAAGGAGAGGAUUGAGGCUCAAAAUCGUCCUUUUGAUGCCAAAUCCGCCUGUUUUGUUCCUGAUGCCAAAGAACUGUACAUUAAAGGCAUCAUCCAAAGUAGAGAAGGAGGCAAGGCUACUGUUAAGACUGAAGCUGAUGAGAUAGUGACAGUGAAGGAUGAGGACUGUCACCCUAUGAAUCCACCCAAGUAUGAUAAAAUUGAGGACAUGGCCAUGAUGACCCACCUCAAUGAGGCCUCGGUGCUGUUUAACCUCAAAGAUCGUUAUGCGGCAUGGAUGAUUUAUACCUACUCUGGAUUGUUCUGUGUCACUGUGAACCCUUACAAAUGGCUCCCGGUGUAUAAUUCAGAAGUGGUGGCGGCUUACAGAGGCAAAAAGCGCAUGGAAGCCCCACCACACAUCUUCUCUGUGUCUGACAACGCAUAUCAAAAUAUGCUUACAGACCGUGAGAAUCAGUCUGUCCUGAUUACUGGAGAAUCUGGUGCAGGAAAGACCGUGAACACCAAGCGUGUCAUUCAGUACUUUGCGUCAAUCGCAGUCUCUGGAGACAAGAAGAAGGAGGCCGUAUCGAGUAAAAUGCAGGGGACACUGGAAGAUCAAAUCAUUUCAGCCAAUCCUCUGCUUGAAGCCUUUGGGAAUGCCAAGACUGUGAGGAACGACAACUCCUCACGCUUUGGUAAAUUCAUACGAAUCCACUUUGGAACAACUGGAAAACUCGCCUCGGCAGAUAUUGAAACAUAUUUGCUGGAGAAGUCCAGAGUGACCUUUCAGCUAUCUGACGAGAGGAGUUAUCACAUCUUCUAUCAGGUCACCACAGGCCAUAAGCCAGAGCUGAUGGACAUGCUUCUCAUCACAACCAACCCCUAUGAUUUCCCCUUGAUCAGUCAGGGUCAGAUCACAGUGGCCAGCAUUAAUGACAAAGAUGAGUUGGAGGCCACCGAUACAGCCAUUGACAUCUUGGGCUUCACCUCUGACGAGAAAGGCAGCAUCUAUAAGUUGACGGGUGCAGUAAUGCAUUAUGGGAACAUGAAGUUUAAGCAAAAGCAGCGUGAGGAGCAGGCAGAACCUGAUGGCACUGAGGUGGCUGACAAAGUGUCUUUCCUGAUGGGACUGAAAUCUGCUGACUUGUUGAAAGCUCUUUGUUAUCCCAGAGUGAAAGUUGGGAAUGAGUAUGUCACCAAGGGACAAACUGUGCAACAGGUCACGAAUUCAGUCAUGGCUUUAGCAAAGUCAGUCUACGAAAAGAUGUUCUUGUGGAUGGUCGUCAGAAUCAACCAGAUGCUGGACACCAAACACCCUCGAUCCUUCUUCAUUGGAGUUCUUGACAUCGCUGGAUUUGAAAUAUUUGAUUUCAAUAGCCUGGAGCAGCUGUGCAUUAACUUCACCAAUGAGAAACUGCAACAGUUUUUCAACCAUCACAUGUUUGUGCUGGAGCAAGAAGAAUACAAGAAGGAGGGCAUAGACUGGGAGUUCAUAGACUUUGGAAUGGAUCUAGCUGCCUGCAUUGAGCUUAUUGAAAAGCCCAUGGGAAUCUUCUCUAUCCUUGAAGAGGAGUGUAUGUUUCCAAAGGCAACAAACACUUCCUUCAAAAACAAGCUCUAUGAUCAACAUCUAGGCAAGAACAAUGCUUUCCAAAAACCCAAGGCAGCCAAAGGCAAGGCUGAGGCUCACUUCUCCUUAGUGCACUAUGCUGGCACCGUCGACUACAACAUCAGCGGCUGGCUGGAUAAAAACAAGGACCCGUUAAAUGAGUCUGUUGUUCAGUUGUACCAGAAGUCAUCAGUCAAACUGCUGGCUAACCUGUAUGCCUCCUUUGCCUCUGCCGAAGCAGAAGCCAGUAGUAGUGGAGGAGGAGGCAAAAAAGCUGCCAAGAAGAAGGGCGGCUCAUUCCAGACAGUCUCAGCUGUUUUCAGAGAAAAUCUAGGCAAGCUGAUGACCAGCUUGAGAAGUACACAUCCUCACUUUGUGCGUUGCCUGAUCCCCAAUGAGGUGAAAACCCCAGGGAUAAUGGACAACCAUUUGGUUAUCCAUCAGUUACGCUGUAAUGGCGUAUUGGAAGGAAUCAGGAUCUGUAGGAAAGGUUUCCCCAAUAGAAUCCUGUAUGCAGACUUUAAACAGAGGUACAGAAUCCUUAAUGCCAGUGCUAUCCCUGAGGGACAGUUCAUCGAUGGCAAGAAGGCUUCUGAGAAGCUCUUGGGAUCAAUUGAUACUGAUCACACACAGUACAAGUUUGGCCACACAAAGGUGUUUUUUAAAGCUGGCUUGCUGGGAACAUUAGAGGAAAUGCGAGAUGAAAAAUUGUCAUCUGUAGUAACUUGCAUCCAGUCUCUUUGCCGUGGAUACCUCAUGCGGAAAGAGUUUGAGAAGAUGUAUGCUCAAAAAGAUGCUGUGUAUACUUUGCAAUACAACCUCCGUGCAUUUAUGAAUGUAAAACACUGGCCAUGGAUGAAGCUGUUUUAUAAGAUAAAGCCUCUCCUGAGGAGUGCUGAAACAGAGAAAGAGAUGACCACCAUAAAGGAAGAUUUUCUGAAGUGCAAAGAGGGUCUGGCUAAAGCCGAGACCAAACGCAAAGAGCUAGAGAAGAAAAUGGUCAUCUUGAUACAGGAAAAGAAUGACCUAAUCUUACAAGUCCAAGCUGACAGUGAGAAUCUCAUAGAUGCUGAAGAGAGGUGUGAAGGUCUGAUUAAAAGCAAACUCCAGCUGGAAGCCAAGCUGAAAGAGCUCACAGAAAGACUGGAUGAUGAAGAAGAAAUCAAUUCAGAGCUGUCGGCAAAAAAAAGAAAAUUAGAAGAUGAAUGCUCUGAGCUGAAGAAAGACAUUGACGAUCUUGAGCUCACCUUGGCUAAAGCGGAGAAAGAAAAGCAUGCAACUGAGUAUAAAGUUAAAAACCUUACAGAGGAAAUAUCAAGUCAAGACGCAAAUAUUACAAAGGUAACCAAGGAAAAGAAAGCCCUCCAAGAGGAACACCAACAAGUUCUUGGUGAUCUCCAGGCUGAGGAGGACAAAGUCAAUACUCUGACCAAAGCCAAAACCAAGCUUGAACAACAAGUGGAUGACCUUGAAGGUUCUCUUGAGCAAGAGAAAAAGACACGCAUGGACCUUGACAGGGCCAAGAGGAAGCUGGAGGGGGACUUGAAAAUGUCUCAGGAAUUCAUCAUGGACCUGGAAAAUGACAAGCAACAGUUGGAUGAGAAACUCAAAAAAAAAUACUUUGCAAUCAACCAGCUCUUAAGCAAAAUAGAGGAUGAGCAAUCAAUGGGUGCCCAGCUUCAUAAGACGAUAAAAGAGCUCUAUGCUCGCACUGAAGAAUUAGAAGAGGAGAUAGAGGCUGAACGUGCAACUCGAUCCAAGGUGGAGAAGCAGAGAUCUGAUCUCUCCAGUGAACUUGAGGAGAUCAGCGAGAGGCUGGAAGAAGCUGGUGGUGCCACUGCAGCUCAUGUUGAGAUGAACAAGAAAUGAGAGACCAAAUUUCAGAAAAUUCAGCAUGAUCUUCAGGAGGCUACCCUACAGCAUGAAGCCACAAUGGCAUCUCUACGAAAGAAACAUUCCGACAGCAUGGCAGAACUUGGAGAACAGCUUGACAACCUCCAGCAAAUCAAGCAAAAACUGGAGAAAGAGAAAAGCAUAUACAAGAUGGAGAUUGAUGAUUUAGCCAGCAACAUGGAGGCCAUGGCAAAAGCCAAGGUGAACCUGGAGAAGAUGUGUCACAAUCUUAAAGACCAGCUCUCUGAGUUGAAGAGCAAGAAUGAGGAGAACUUGUGUCAAAUCAAUGACCUCAACUUCCACAAAGCUCGUCUCCAAACUGAAAAUGUGGAGAAUUCUAGGCAAAUUGAAGAGAAGGAAAGCCUAAUUUCACAGUCAGUAAGGGGCAAACAGGCCUUCACUCAGCAAAUGGAUGAACUGAAGAGACAGCUUGAGGAGGAGUCAAAGGCUAAGAAUGCUUUAGCCCACGGUUUACAAUCAGCACGUCAUGACUGUGAUCUGCUGAGGGAGCAGUUUGAAGAGGAACAGGAAGCCAAGGCUGAGUUGAAGCGUGGGAUGUCCAAAGCUAACAUUGAAGUAUCUCAAUGGAGAACCAAAUAUGAGACUGAUGCCAUUCACCGUACUGAGGAACUUGAGGAGGCCAAGAAAAAGCUUGCUCAGCAUCUCCAAGUAGCAGAGGAACAAAUGGAAGCCUCAAAUGCAAAGUGUGCUUCACUGGAGAAAAUCAAGCAGAGACUUCAGUGUGAGGUAGAAGACCUUAUGAUAGAUUUGGAAAAGGCAAACAGCUUUGCAGCUAGUUUAGACAAAAAGCAGAGGAAUUUUGACAAGUUACUCAAUGAAUGGAAACAGAAGUAUGAAGAGUCCCAGGCAGAGCUGGAAAGUGCUCAAAAAGAAUCUCGAGCAUUGAGCACUGAGCUCUUCAAAUUGAAGAACUCUUAUGAGGAGACCUUGGACCAUCUUGAAACUCUCAAACGAGAAAACAAGAAUUUGCAACAGGAGAUCUCAGAUCUUACUGAGAAGAUAGGUGUGACUGGAAAGAGCAUCCAUGAAGUAGAGAAGGCCAGGAAGCAAAUGAAAACUGAGAAAUCUGAGAUACAAGGUGCUCUGGAGGAGGCAGAGACAUCACUGGAACAUGAUGGAUCUAAGAUCCUUCAUGUCCAGCUAGAGCUCAAUCAGCUGAAGGGUGAAAUGGACAGGAAGCUAGCUGAAAGGGAUGAAGAGAUUGAACAGCUGAAGAGAAACAGCCAGAGAGUCACAGAGUCCAUGCAGAGCACUUUGGACUCUGAGGUGAGAAGCAGGAACGAUGCCCUGAGAGUCAAGAAGAAAAUGGAAGGAGAUCUCAAUGAGAUGGAGAUUCAGUUGAGUCAUGCCAAUCGCCAGGCUGCUGAAGCCCAGAAACAACUUAGGAACGUUCAAGGACAACUCAAGGAUGUUCAACUGCACCUUGAUAAUUCCCUCAGAGGACAGGAAGACAAGAAGGAGCAAUUAGUGAUGUCUGAACGCAGGAGCUUGCUGAUGCAAGCUGAGAUUGAGGAACUCAGAGCAGCUCUGGAGCAGACUGAGAGAAGCCAGAAAAUUGCUGAGCAGGAACUGACAGAUGCCAGUGAACGAGUGGGACUUCUGCACUCCCAGAAUACCAGUCUUCUGCACACCAAGAAAAAGCUUGAAGCUGAUAUUUCCCAGCUCCAGGGUGAAGUGGAGGACUCUGUUCAAGUGUCAAGGAAUGCCGAGGAAAGAGCCAAAAAAGCUAUAACUGAUGCUUCCAUGAUGUCAGAAGAGCUCAAGAAAGAGCACGACACCAGUGCUCACCUUGAGCGAAUGAAGAAGAACCUGGAGGCCACAAUCAAAGACCUGCAGCAUCGUUUGAAUGAAGCAGAAAACCUAGCCCUAAAGGGUGGAAAAAAACAACUUCAAAAACUUGAGACCAGGGUCUGUGAGCUGGAGAAUGAGCUGGAUGCUGAACAAAAGCGUGGAGAUGAUGCUGCGAAAGUUGUCCGUAAACAUGAAAGAAGACUGAAUGAGCUUACCUACCAGUCUGAGGAGGACAAGAAGACUGUUAACAGACUUCAGGAUGUGGUAGACAAGCUUCAGAUAAAAGUAAAGGCCUACAAGAGACAAGCAGACGAGGCUGAGGAACAAGCUAAUGUUCAUCUCGGACGGUGGAGGAAGGCACAGCAUGAGCUUGAACAGGCUGAGGAGAGAGCAGACAUCGCUGAAUCUCAGGUCAACAAGAUGAGAGCAAAGAGUAGGGACCAGGGAGCAAAGGGGCAAGAAACCCAAAUGGAGUGAAGGAUUCAUGAUCAAUGUGUCUUUCCUUACAAGCAGUAUUUACAGGCAGGAGGUGAAAGCAUUCACAAUGGGUUUCACAUUCACACCAAACUUUUAGCACCAUUCAAACUCUUAAAAAGUUAUGUGCCCAAGACUCUGUCCUUAAAUUAUUUAAUGAGGUUUUGAACUACCUCAUUCACCCAAUAAAGGAUUGUGGAUGAUGUAUUUGAAUAAGUGAAUUGAAUACUAAUUAAAUAAGCAACAGGCAAGGCACUAGCCUGGCAUUGGGAGAAACUUGGGGUUCAGUGUCUUGCCAAAGGACACUUUGGCAUUUGGAGUCGUGUGGGCCGGGAAU